AUGCCGCACAAGCAUACUAGGCGAGAGAAGGACGAGUCGACCUUCGACCUCCCACCAUCGCAAAUAGCAAAGCCGCUCCCACCCACAACUAUCUCCAAAAAGAAGGCAGCGGCGCAGAAGAAAGCCGAUGAUGCCCAAGCGAAGAGCGGGCAGAAGCGGAAACGCGGUAGCGCAAAUGCCGACGAUGCUCCGCGCGCCUUCAAACGGCUGAUGGCUUUUGCCAACGGCAAGCUACCACGAGACAAUCUAGACAACGGCGACACGCCGGCGGGCAAGGGCAAAGGCAAAAAGAAGAGCAAGGCCGAAAAUAAGGACAAGAUCGACAUCACGUCAGCCUCCAACUCCACGCCGGCGCAGGACCUCAAGAUCCGCCCGGGCGAGCGCCUCUCCGAGUUCAACCAACGCGUCGACGCCGCUCUGCCCAUCAGCGGCCUGGUCAACAAGACGAUCAGGAACGGCAAGGACCCUCUGGGGCUCAAGGUACGGCGGACCAAGAAGGAGCGCAAGAUGCACAACAUGUACGCCGAGUGGCGGGAGAUCGACCGGAAGAUCAAGGAACGCCGCGAGGAGGAGCGCGAGCUGGAAGAGGAGAAGGAGAUAGAGAAUGAGGCGCUAGGCGGCGUCUCGUGGAAACUCGAGCUCGAGGCGCAGGGGAAGAAAAAGAAGGGCAAGAAGGGGAAGAAGUAUAUCGGGGAAGAGGGAGGACCGGAGGGGGAUCCGUGGGAGGAAGUCAAGAAGAAGAGGGGAGAGGGGAAGGUCGGCAUCCACGACGUGGCGCAGGCGCCGCCGGAGUUGAAGCUGCCGAAGAAGAAUUCGCUUGUUCGGGGGGCGACGGUGGCGGUUGGCGACAUCCCCAAGGCUGCGGGCAGCUUGCGGCAGAGAGAGGAGCUGCAGGGUAUCCGGCAAGAGGUGGUGGCUUCGUACAGAAAGAUGAUGAGUGAGAAAAGGCCUGCCGUGGGCACUUGA